AGUGUCGUAUUAAGUUUGGUGAUUGUAAUUUUCUCUCGAAUUUAUGUUCAUGUUUUCUUUUGUUUUCAAUUCAUUUUUUUAGUUAUAAUUAAUGUUUUUUACUUAGUUGUUGUAUUAGAAUGACAAUGGAAAGGAGGAUAAAGUUAAAAACACUAAACAGCCACAUAACUUGCAAGAUUUGCCGCGGAUACUUCAUUGACGCGACCACGGUCACCGAGUGUCUACAUACGUUUUGCAAGAGCUGUUUAGUGAAACACCUGGAAGAGAACAACACUUGUCCGACAUGCAAUAUAGUCAUACAUCAGUCCCAUCCUUUGCAAUACAUCAGCUUCGACCGAACCAUGCAAGAUAUUGUGUAUAAGCUGGUGCCGGACUUACAAGACAAUGAAUUGAAACGUGAGAGAGACUUCUAUAGAGCAAGGGGUCUGCCGUGUCCCAAGGAUGCAGCAUUGGCUGCUGAUAAACCAGGAGGUGGUGAUGAACUAGAACAACCAGAUAAUACUGACUGUCAUAGGAAGGAUGAACAGGUCAAUGUGUGUUUAGAAUGCAUAUCAACGUCGCUACGUACACUCAAGCGGAGUUUCAUUAGGUGUUCGGCUCAAGCCACAAUAACACAUCUUAAAAAAUUUGUAGCUAAAAAAGCAUUGAAUGGGAUGGAGAAAUAUAGAGAAAUUGACAUUUUAUGCAAUGACGAGUUACUAGGCAAAGAUCACACACUUAAGUUUGUUUACGUCACCCGAUGGAGGUUUAGAGAUCCACCACUUCGAUUACAAUAUAGGCCUAAGAUUGAUUUGUAGGUUACCUCUUAGAUAUUAAUAUUCCUAUGGAUAUCUUACUUCUUAUUAUUAUCACCAGAUAUCAUUUGAGUGUCCGUAAGCAAUGGUCAUCAGCGCUUUUUGAGAUCUUUAAAAUUAUUUCAUUUCUCCCAUAUAACUGAAUGUGAAUUUUAUUUUAUUUUUGUGUAAAUUUUUUAUGUUAAAACAGCAACACUGCUGGCCUCCUCUGCACUUAGCUAUUUGCAGUAUAUUCCAUCAAGCAUGCUCCAGUGCGUGUUGGUGGCAGGAAGUCUUUCGCCACAUGCCGGAUGCCUCAUUGUGCUCCUCACUGUCAGAUUUUUGAACAUAAAGCAAGCAAAUACUCACAAUUCAGUGGUGCCUGCUCAUACUAGAAGCUGUAAUCAAGUACUAAGAUGCACGGAUUCCAUCCAUUGGAUCAUUUAAAUUUAUCCUCACUAUGCCGUGUUCCUUCUGGAAUCUCAAUGCUUGCUGAUCACUAUCGCUUUGAAACUAAUAAAGUUUUCUCACCUUCAAACCACGUUUGGUUGCUUUUCACAUAAAAUUAAGAAUUUAUUUAGUUAUAUUUUAUUAACCAUUAGGUAAAAGCAGGUCAUUCGAAUUAAAUAUAUAAUUUAUGCUUUUUUAAGGGAUACCGGACUAACAAAAGUAUAUAUUAUUUUUCUUCACUGGGGAUUAAAAGUGUUUGCACUUAAACACAAUAAACAUACAUGUACAUUAGAAUAGAUUCUAAAAAAUCUUAUUUUACAACCAUCAAAUACAGAAUUAUAUAUCUUAAUAUGUUUUCAUACGAAAUGCAAAAAUUAUUGAAAUACUUAGGUAAUAUAUGGAAAGUAAUAUCAUUAAAAUAAUACUAAACUAUAAUGAAAUUAUAGUUGGCAGCUAAAUUGUGGUAAUAUUAUUUGUCCACUUGUUCUUACUAUUCAAAGAUCAUUCCAUAAAAUGUGUACAAUCUGCAUAUUAUAUAGAUAUACGCAGUUAACUCCUUGUAUAUAAAUGUGCUCUCAAAUUUAAUUUGUUAGGACUCUGUUGCCAACAUUCUCUUAACAAAUAUGACAAUAAAAAGUAAUACUUUCUCUUUCUUAUGUUACUGUAGAAAAGGAUAGCAAGUUUAUUUUUUCGAAAUAUAGAGAUUCUACAGCCAGCAACAGUAGUUAUACUUAUGUAUAAAUUACAUUUAGCAAAUAUAUAAUAUCAACAAUACAACUACUAUCUACUAAGUGAAUAGCAACCUUU